AAAUAGAAAUUCAGAAUAUGCAAUGCGCGCUACUGUUCAACUAACUGAUAUUUUAGGAACAGCACAAAAACUGUUAAGUAAAAUAAAUGAAUUGUGGAAAGUGAAAAGGUGCGAAUUAAUUAAUCAAAUUGGUUUGAACACAUGUCAAUAUGAUGAGAUUGAUGAGAAUGAAAACAAAGAAGAUGAAAUUAUCAAAGACAAUGAAAAUUCCAUUCAAAAUGAACUUAUACAUACUAAAGUGUUUAAACAACCUAGAGGAGCUUUUAUUUCAACUUUAAGAUUAAACUGUAGCUCACAAAAUGUAGCACAACCAAAAUUUUACAAACAAAUUUUUAAAAUGAUAAAACCUGAAAUCGAUUUGUAUGAUUUAAAGUUACUACUUAAAUUAGCAACAGAUGAAUUUCAUGAGUUAUUUGUAUUUAUGAAGGAAAAUUUAAAUAAACAACAGUCGUUAGAAUUAUUUAAUUGGUUGAAUUUAACAAACGAUUUGAACGAUUUAGAAGAUAUUCUUUCUGUAAGUUUCAUGAAUUUUGUAAUACGUUCUUUUUAAAAGGGAAAACAAAUCGUUAUGAAGUUUAAUUUCUAUCAGUUUAUCAAAGAAAUCACUGCUUUUAGGUACUCAAUUAUUAUCCGAUGACUUUUUAAUGCUUGGUUGUUUCUGAUGCUGGAUUCUUAUAAAGUAUUCCCCUAGUGCUAAGUGAAACCUUCUUUGAAGAUUGUGGAUUCAUAUAAACGAUGUACAAAUGAUCAUUGAUAAACUAUACUGAGGCAAAACCGAUUUCAUAUCUUUAUGGAUUACCAGAAAUAUAUUUUAGGUAAUUCCAGUUUUUGACCAAAACUAAAAGAAACUUACUAGUUGUGACGGAGUCUCGUUCUCUGAGCCGGAUGUUUCGAUUGUGGAGCUUUUACUGUUCUCCUGAACAAAAUCAUUAGCACAAACUUCAGAUGGAAGUCAAGUUUUCAAAUUUCUUCACGUUUGACCCCUAGUUUGUUCUGUUAACCUCGUUCUUGAGUGGUUUUUAUUGACCUUAAUAAGUUCGUCAACAGUUUGCUCACCUUAAUGAACAAUUGAAGCCUUUAUUCCCGACUUAUAUUUUUUUGGUUUUUAGUUCUUUCCGUUUAUUAAGGCUCUAUAAGGAUGCAUUUAGGCCAUACCUGGGCAUUCUAAACGAAUUUUUUCAAUAUUGAGUACAUUUAUCAGUCUUUUUCGAUAAUCAUUAGGCGCGAAAUGUACAACAAACUUCUUACCAUAUCUGAAGUCCGUCAUCACCACAAUAAAAGCCUAUCAAGUUAAU